AUGCAUGGCCAACUGCUUGCUACACCUAUGAACCGAAACAAAGAGUGUAAUGUGCCAGGGACACCAGAAGAUGAUGUUGAAAGAAGUAUUCCAACAGAGAUAGAUUCUCAACAGGAGGUGGAAUGUGUUCCAGUACAUGAAGAUACUAUACCACCGUCUACACAGAGAGAGCCUGAGAGAAGUGUGCUUCAGCCAAGUGACUUGAACAACAUGGCAGCACCUCUGAUUUUACAGACAAUGUUGUCACUUCAACAGCAGAUUCAACAGUUACAAACAGCUGUAAAUGGCAGAACACCAGAAGCAGCAAGUGGAUCAGCUCUCGUGGCUGGGAAUCAUAACUUGCAGUCAGCGCUGAACAGUCUGGCAGAAAGUGGGACAAACAAAACAUAUGGGGUUCCCCCAGACCUCUUGCCACAUAUGGACAUAGUAUCACCAAGCCUGAGGCGGCUGAUUAUCGAAGAUGGUCCAGACUCUGUCACAUUCAAUCCUCCACCACCUGGUUACAUCACAGAAGGACGGGAUCUGACUGUGAACUGUUCUGCUGACUGUAAUCCACCAUGUGACUACUCCUGGACACUGGGAACUCAACAAAUCUCAUCAAGCUCUCUGUUAACACUGACACACAUCAACAGGACCUGGGCAGGAGUAUACACGUGUACAGCGAACAAUACUUUUAUACCAAAAUCGAAAAGUAAACACUUCAAUCUGACAGUUUUCUAUCCACCAAGUGAAGCUCCAGUUAUUUCAGGAACAGUGUUCCCUGUGUUUGAGGGUGACAACAUAACACUGCACUGUUCUACAACAGGUGGAAACCCGAAACCAAAUCUGACUUGGUCCUGUCCUGGAGAGUCUACGUCUUGUUCUAACACUGACAGAGGAGAAACCAGAACCUGUACAAUAUCAUUUACAGCCAACAGAACUGAGAAUAACAAAACAUGUAUGUGUACCCCAUCCUGGCAGUAUGGAGGAUACACUGAGAUUGUAUCCAGGAGAUUGACCAUUUACUAUCCUCCUGGCACACCGAAUUUGUCUUCGAAUUCAUCACAUCCAUGGCUUGAAGACAGGGCAGGUUCACUGAUUUGUUUUUUACCUAGAGGAGACCAAGGAUACCCAGAGGCUACCUUUCACUUGAUGAGAAAUAACAAUACUAUAGAACACACAGGAUUCAACUACACGUUCACACCAUCAAAGGAAGACAACGGAGACGAGUACAAGUGUACAGCUGGGAAUCUCUUCACAGACAGAGACGGACAAUCGAGACCUGUGUCUAACACAGUGCAGCUCAAUGUGUACUAUUCCCCCAGAAUACAAAUAAAGAUGUUGACUUCAAACCCUCACAAGGAAGGUGAUGACCUGAACUUGACCUGCACAGCAGUCAGCAAUCCCAGUUCACAGCGAGUCACGUGGAUCUAUGGAGGACAUGUGACGAAUGGUGGAAACUUGACAUUAACAAACCUAAACAGAACUGAUCAUGGACAGUACAGAUGUAACGUAACAGUAGCUGCUGGUUCCUACAGAAAUCUGACAAACUCGAGUGACACCCAAGUUGUUGUGAACUAUUUUCCCGAGAACAGGUGUGCCAUGAUAAUCAAGUUCCGUUUUCAUAAAGUCGGUGUACAGUCAGUUUAUCACCCAAGAUGUAAUCAUUAUGAAGAACCUGACCACUUCCGCUAUCAUGUUUGA